AACAACCUUAAAAGUUCAGGGGGCAUGAUUUGGAACAUGUCAAAGUUCGAGGGAAAAAAAAUCCUAAUUAGCCUAAGAAAAAUGUUAAAAAGUACCAAUGAUGCCUAACACUCUUUUAUGUAUCAAUAUCGCUAUUGAUCCAACCAAGUAUCAGAUCUCAUAUAGUUUAAUGUAAAAACUUUUAAAGAGUAUCGUUAGCUAAUCACAAGGUGACAUGUCUAGAAGGUGCUAGACAACACUGGUACCCAACAAUAAUGCACUUAUUAUAAAUUAUGGAAUACUUGUUAGUGCUUACAUUUUAAUUUGUAUUAAUUAUUGAUAAUGAUAACAAUUAUUGUGUAAUUAGUCAACAAAUAAUAAAUUUUAUGUACAAAGAUAAAAAAUGAAUUAUUAACAAAACUAAAAUUAUUUAAAACACAUAGUUGCAUGAAUAUAAUAAAUGAUCAUAAAUAAAAUAUCAUUUAUAGUUGCCUAUAAAUGAAAACAAAAAUGCUUAAGCUCAUAAUUACAACUAAACUAAUCUCUCCCUAAAUACUAUUAUGGAAGAUCCAAAUUUGUUGGCAUCCAAAUAUGAAUUUGCUGUGAAACCUAGCGAUGAAGAAGUAGUUGACCUCGACAACAUUGAAUAUUCGAUUCCUACCAUUGAUUUUUCUCUUUUGACAUCUGACAAUCUUGAUCAACGCUCUAAAAUUCUCGACGACCUUCGCAAGGCCUGUGAAGAUUGGGGUUUCUUCACGUUGAUCAACCAUGGAAUUUCGGAUAGUGUGAUGAAGAAAAUGAUGGAAGUAAGUGAGAGUUUUUUCAAUAUGGGAGAAGAGGAGAAGAAAGAAUUUGAAGGCAAUGGUGAUAUAUUAGACCCAAUAUGUUAUGGGACUAAUAUUAAUUGCAAUAUUGGGGGAAAACAAGUCCUCUUUUGGAGGAAUUUUAUUAAGUUCAUUGCUCAUCCUCAAUUUGAGUCACCUUACAAACCAAUUGGCUUUAGAGAGGCUGCAGAAGAGUAUGGGAAAAGAACAAGAGAAAUAUGUGGUGUGUUAAUGAGAGGAAUAUCAAAGACAUUAGGGUUGGAAGAGAAUUGUAUAGAGAAGGCUACAAAUUUGGAUAUGGGGUUACAAUACUUGCUAAUGAAUGAUUAUCAAAGUUGUCCAAAUCCUGACCAAGUGAUUGGACUCCCACCUCACACUGAUCCAGCUCUUAUGAAUAUUCUUAUCCAAAACGACGUCGGUGGACUUCAAAUUCUACAUAAUGGAAAAUGGGUCAAUUGGAAAGCCAUGCCCUAUUCCAUUAUUGUUGACAUUGGUGAUCAAAUGCAGAUCUUAACAAAUGACUUGUACAAGAGUGUGAAACAUAGCGCAAUAGUGAAUAAUAAAAGCAGAAGAAUAUCAAUAGUGUCUACACAUGGACCACAAGAAGACACAAAGGUUGUACCAAUACAAGAGCUUUUAGAGGCACAUGGCCAAACCCCAUCUUAUAAGCCCAUUCCAUUCAAACAAUAUAUGCAAAUUCUACAAAGUCCCCAAGUCUUACUCCAACCCCCUCUUAACCUAAUAAGACUCUAAUAUUCAUAUUAUAUCAUUAUCAAACACUUUCUAUGUAUAUUUCAUUUGCUUGUGUGUUUUUAUAAUGUUUUAAUAAAUGUCAUCAAGUUGUAUUGUUGUGUGUUCGUAGUUGUAUGUUUAAUUUAUUGGAUAAUGUAUUUUAUAUAUGGAUAAUGAUUGAGACACUAUUAAAUUACACACACCUAAUAAUGAUGAAGUAGUUAGGUAAGUACUAGUUGAAAUUCUAUAUUUUAAAAUUACUUAAUUAAUUA